AUGAGCUACGAUCUCGCCAAGGCCGUCGGGUACAAGAAGGAGGACCAGCCCGUCUCAUGGACCAAGAAAGACGUGAUCACGUACGCGGUCGGCGUCGGCGCCAAGGCCGACCAGCUUUCCUUGGUCUACGGUGCGCACAAAGCAUGGGGCCCGCUCCCGACCUUCCCCGUCGUUCUCCCGCUCAAAGGCACGGACACGGACGUGACGGACUUCAGCGCCAAGGUCGACGUGCCGCCGCCCGCGCUGCCCAAGAUGAGCGCAGACCGCGUCGUGCACGGCACACAGAGCAUCGAGAUCCUGCGCGACCUGCCCGCCGCGAGCGGGCCGGGGUGGAAGUUCCAGCGGCGCUGCGUCGGUGUGCACGAGAACAAAUCGGGCAUCAUCGUCGACAACGAAGGCAUCCUCGUCGACGCACACGGUACCCCCUAUGCAAAACUCUACAGCUCCACAUUCUACCUCGGCGCCACCGCCAACCACACCAGAUUCUCCAAAGUCAUCGCCGGGCCGCCCCAGAGCUCCUCGUCGUCCCCCACCCCGCCGAACCGCGCACCGGACUACACCAUCCGCGACAAAACCACCCCAGAACAAGCGCUCGUGUACCGCCUCAGCGGGGACUACAACCCUUUACACAUCGACCCCGCGUUCGGCGCGAAGCUCGGGUUCGGCGGUGUGAUUCUGCACGGGCUCGCGAGCUUCGGGUUCGCGGCGCGCGGGCUGGUCGGCGCUGUUGCGGGCGGGGAUCCGCGCGCGCUGCGGGUGUUUGGGGUGAGGUUUACGAGCCCGGUGAGGCCCGGGGACGAGCUGGAGACGCAGGCGUGGGAGGUGGGCGAGGGCCCGGGGGGCACGACGGAGGUGGUGUUUGUGACGCGGAAUGUGACGAGUGGGAAGGUGGCGAUGGGGAAUGGGGUGGCGUUUUUGAGGAAGGCUGGGGGGAGGAGUAAGUUGUAG